GUUAGAAUUCUGUCGUUUUAGAAAAUGGACCUAACACAGUGUUAAAUAUCACGAGGAUAAUUUUCAUUAACACUACUUUAACAAGAUUGAAAAGUUGGCCACAAUGUCGACUUUGGAAUAUUCGAAAACACUGGUUUCACAGGGAAAAACUUCGUGGAAAAACAUCCACAACUGUAAACUGUGUCCCUAUUUUACAACAUCAAUUUUGUCUAUGGUGAACCACGUGAGGCAACAUCACUCAACUCUGGAAAAAUUUACAUGCUCCGAAGCCAAAAUUGAAGCGUAUUAUUGUAAAGACUGCGAUUUUAAAACGGAUCUAACGAUUCUGUUCAAACAACACAUUAACAAACAUCAUGGCCUUAAAAGUGAAUCUAGAGAAGUUUUCUCAAUCGAGGACUUCAGCAUACAAAACUACGUUUGCGAAAACUGCGCUUUCGAAACAAAUUCCUUGAUAAAUUGUCUUCAACAUACUUCAGCAUGCACGGAAAGGAAAGAAAAUCUUCAAAGUCUGAGUUUUCCGAGCCACGAAGAAAAUGGUGAAUGGCACAAGUGCGAAAAAUGUCCUUUCAAAACUAGAUUGAAAAGAAGUUUAAAAACCCACAUGAAUAACGUACACUCGCGGGCAGAAGACGUUAAAUGGCACGAAUGCAAAGAGUGUCCAUUCAAAUCUAAGUAUAAGGAAUCUUUAAACUUACACGUGAUUGCGAAACAUCUAGACGACGAAAAAAUUAAGUGGCACGAAUGCGAAAAGUGCCCGUUCAAAACUAAAUAUCGCUCGGCUUUAAAACAUCACGUAAUUAAUCAGCAUUUGAGUGAAGAAGAAGUUAAGUGGUACGAAUGCAAGGAGUGUCCAUUCAAGUCGAAAUACAAGAUAUCUUUAAAGAACCACUUGAGUUUGAAACAUAUAGACGAAAAAAAAAUUAAAUGGCACGAAUGCGAAAAGUGCCCGUUGAAAACUAAAUAUCGUUUGACUUUAAAACAUCACGUGCUAAGUCAACAUUUGAGUGAAGAAGAAGUGAAGUGGUUCGAAUGUGCGAACUGUUUGUUUAAAACUAAAAGAAAAAAUAAUUUAACACUGCAUAUAAAUGCUCGCCAUUCAGAUAUCAAAUCAUGUCCAGGUAAAAUUAAGGUAGAAGGUCAGUUAAAGGAGCAUUUAUACAACCACAAUUCCGAUUGUAAGCGGGACAAGUGUGAACAGGAUGCUCAAUGCCACAAGUGCGAAAAAUGUCCUUUCAAAACUAGAUCAAAAAAGAAUUUAAAAAGCCACAUGAGUAACGUACAUUCGCGGACAGAAGACGUUAAAUGGUACGAAUGCCAGAAGUGUCCAUUCAAAUCUAAGUACAAGGAAUCUUUAAACAACCACUUCAAUGCUAAACAUGUAGAGAAAGAAAAAAUUAAGUGGCACGAAUGCGAAAAGUGCCCGUUCAAAACUAAACAUCGCUCGGCUUUAAGAUGUCACGUGAUUAGUCAACAUUUGAGUGAAGAAGAAGUUAAGUGGUACGAAUGUGCCAGCUGUUCGUAUAAAACUAAAAGAGAAAGUAAUUUAAAACUGCAUUUAAGUGAUCGCCAUUCAGAUAUCAAAUCAUUUCAGUCCCAAUAUUAAGACAUUGAAUUGUACGAAAAUGUGAAAAUUGUGCAUUUAAAACCAAAAAUAAAUAUACU